UUUCUUAUUCCAAUGCAUUGGCUGUAGAGUUACUGGGCGGACUCAGUUGGGUCUGAAGAUUGUAAAGGAUUUUCAUGCAUUAGUCAAUUAUAAUUUAUUUUUAGAAAGAGGCUAGGACUUUAUUUUCUCAGAAUGUUGACAACUGACAUACUCAUACUACAGUGUUCACUUAAUUUCACACUAUAACUAACAGGAAAACACACCCACCUAUCACACUGUAGCUCUGUUUGUUAAAAUAGAUAACUUUGCCAGUAAACUGUGAGAGGUUAGAUUGCUUUGUCACUGAUAAUGCUGCACUUAUGGAUUUCUUUUAUGUUUGCACUUAUUAUGAUAUCUGGUACAAAUGGCGAAGGCUGGACAGUUGACCUCAGAGAACAUAAUGAUGUAGUCUUUGGUUCAGAUGUUGUCAUCCCAUGUAACUUUACCUAUCCAUCUGAGCACCACUCAAAUGAUGUGAAAGUUUUCUGGAAGAAGAAUGAAAACAAAAAUAAAGGGGGAGAUCAUAAUCCAUUUAUUUUUCACCCAGAUUCUUCUCAAAUUAUUGAAAAGUACAGAGGAAGGACUUCACUGGUUGGUAAGAAACAUCUUAGGGACUGCUCUCUUAAGAUUAAGAACGUACAACAGGAUGAAUCCAAACUCUAUGUGAGAGUCAUGCUGCAAAAACCAUACAGUUUCUACAAAAAGUCUGUUUCUAUUAAAGUAAAUGCAUUUACAACAAGAAGACCAGUGACCAUUGCUCCAGUAGAAGUAACAGAAGUGAAACUCAUAACUACACCUCUUGCCACAAGCAGGACAACCACCAUUUAUCCAAACGAAACACUCACACACUUGGCUACAACACAAUCUCCAGUCUCCUCAUUUCCACUUGUCAUAGCUGUUGUAGUUCCCAUUGCCUCAAUGAUCUUUGUGGCGAUAGUUUCUUUGAUAGUUUUUCUCAUCUACAGAAAAUGUUGCAGGUCACAGUCUUUAAGCAGAACUACAUCUGGAUAUUACGCAAACUUUAGCCGAAGCUCUGCGAAUCGGACCAAAGGGGAAUUGUCUGGUUUGACCAAAAACACCCCUCAAGAUCCAGGAGAGAAAGUUAUUGAUGAUGAACCUGUGUAUGGCAACAUACAGCCUCUGUCACACCAGCCUGACACUUCCGCCGACAUGGAUGAAAGUAUAUAUGCUAAUGUUUAACAAAACUAAAGUAUCUACUCAAGCUUUAAAAUGUUAAAAUGUGUGUAAAAUUACAACAAUGCACUGAUUUUUGCUUUACCCUUGUGGAUUUGAUAGUUAUAUUUUGAAAUAUUAUUGCAUAUAGUUUGUUGUAGACUUAAGACUAAAGGGUGUAGUAGGCCUAUGAAUUCAAAAUGAAAUGCUACAACUACACCCUAUAUUUUUAGUAAUGAACAACAGUGCAGCAGUAACAGUCAGUAUAAAAAUGCACAAAGAUUGUGCUGAGUUAGAAUUUAUAUGAACCACACAUAUCACACAACUUUUUCAGUUCUGCCACAAAAAGCUGAUCUGCUGAAAUACUGAACUUUGUAUAAAUGCUUUGUCAGUAAAUAUCUUUAACGACACUCUGUUUGAACUAUAUCCUUGUAUUGUGUAAGAGAAGAGUCUCAUUUUACAUAAAUACAGUUUUGUCUAAGAAUGGGUAUGUAUCAUAUCAGUUCUUGUGUGUCUAGUAUCAUGAUAAUACAUGUGAAGUGUCUAUUGUGGUCACUUGUUUCUGAAUGAGCCUUUUGACUAUAUGGCAUGACUAAGGCCAACAGACACUGAAAUCCAGCAAAAGAUAAAUAAAUCAUAUUUUCUGUAGUAAUCGUAAACUUGUUUAAACUACUUGAUUUUGUUGCAUAUACACUUCACUCUGCACUUUAUUAUGUAUUAAGCUGUUUUCCUCACUGUGUGAUCAAUAAAGUUCUUUUUGAUUUCCCUGA